GCCGCCGCUGCCAGCGACAUGUUCAAGGUAAUUCAGAGGUCCGUGGGGCUGGCCAGCCUGAGUCUGCUCACUUUCAAAGUCUAUGCAUCACAGAAGAAGGACUCACCGCACAAAACUUCCGUGAAGGUUGAUGAGCUUUCACUGUACUCUGUUCCCAAGGGUCAAUCUAAAUAUGUGGAGGAACCAAGGACUCAGCUUGAAGAAAGCAUCUCACACCUCCGACACUAUUGUGAGCCAUAUACCAGCCGGUGUCAGGAAAUAUACUCCCAAACUGAGCCCAAGAUGCAAAGUUUGGUUCAGUGGGGGUUAGACAGCUAUGAAUAUCUCCAAAAUGCACCUCCUGGAUUUUUUCCAAGACUUGGUGUUAUUGGGUUUGCUGGUAUUGUUGGACUCCUUUUCACCAGAGGUUCAAAAAUAAAGAAGCUGGUGUAUCCCCCUUGUUUCAUGGGAGUAGCUGCCUCUCUUUAUUAUCCACAACAAGCCAUCGUAUUUUUCCAGGUCAGCGGGGAGAAAUUAUAUGACUGGGCUUUACAAGGAUACAUAGUCAUAGAAGAUUUGUGGAAGGAGAACUUUCAAAAGCCCGGAAAUGUGAGGAAUUCACCUGGAAAUAAGUAGAAUACUCCAUGUUCUGCCCAUUUUAAUCAGUUAUAGGUAAACGUUGAAAACUCCAUACGCUAAACCAGCAUUUCUACAGAAAAACGGAAUAGAAGUCAGUAUUGAAUGUAAUAAACUGGCUUUCUUCUUCAGG